AUGGCUUUAUGUAAAAAUAGAAUCAACCACCCCCAGGGCCAGCCCACCCCAAGUCGCAGUGAAAUCCCCAUCAACUGGAUUAGGGAUUGUUUUUCAGAAGUUUAUAUUCGAACGUUUGUAGGGCUGAAAAGAAUGCUGAAAAAAGAAGGAGAAAACAAGAAGGAAGAGGAAAAGACCCGGGCAAAGCCGAAAGACCGACAGAAAAAAUACAUCUUCAAAGGACAAAGAUACUACUCUUUGUGUCCGCCUGUACAACAGAGACAAAGCCGAGAGCAGAGUUCGACCCAGCAGAACAAUUUAUUGUUUGACGAUAACCCAAUAGUGACUGAAAGACCAAAACAUCCCCAGUAUGCAAUUGAACAGAACAGGAUUUUGACUUUUGAAAACUGGCCCGUCAGUAAGAGGCAAACACCAAGAGAACUUUCCAUAGCGGGGUUCUAUUACGCCGGCUUUGGGGACAAUGUAAAAUGCUUUUUCUGUGGCGGGGAACUGAGAAACUGGGAGCCACAGGAUGACGUAUGGACUGAGCAUGCGCGUUGGUUCCCAAAUUGUGGGUAUGUGAAACAGUGUAAAGGAGUGACUUUCAUCAGAGAAAUACUGCAACGCAAUUCCGCCAACUGCCAAUUUUCAGGCCAAGUAGGUCGGUCCCCACACACCCAUCAAAUAGAGGCAAGAGAAAUAGAAGCUAGGUUAGAUACUCCCUCUGUCCAGAAAAUCAUUGAAAUAAUGGGUUAUUCCAGAAUUGCGGUGAGAAAAGCGAUAGAAAAUAGACUUAAGAGUGUUGGCGACGAUUUCCCCAAUUUACUGUCUUUAGUAGAAGCAAUUGGUGAAAUUGAAGAGAGACAAGAACUUGAGGUUGUGGAUGGGGAUUCCUGCUGGAGGGGUGACCCUCAAAAUGGUCUACUUCACAGUGGUCAAUCUGUUCACCCAAUGAAUGGUAAAGUUGUUGUAGAGUGACAAAUGCAACACGAAGAAAUGGCAGUCACAGUGCAAUAAGUGGACUCCAAUCAACCAGUUUCAACACAAAAUGCUAUGGACACAAGACAGCGUGCUUGUAAUCACAGCUUUUGGCACGUGCAUUAACUUUGCAGUCCGGCUGGAGAGUGUGCUUACAAAUGCCCAAGUAAUGUCCUCUUCAACUGACUACGCGCAAGAUAUAGACUUUGAAAUAAUAACAAAUGACUGACAUAUAUGUUAAAAAUAAAGAAACGUUAAAGCAAAUGGUCGAGAGACAACUCGAUAAUUUUUGUUCUGACUGAGCAUUGGAUAAACCUAUGUCCCUCUUCCUAAAAAAAAGAAAAAAAUAAAUAAAUAAAAUAGGGAGGGGCUGGCGCAGCCGGCUCUCAGCACUGUUUUGCAUUUGCUUCUUCAAGGUGUUGCUUGUUCUGAAUUAUUAUCAUCACCUUAACUGUCCUCAAACCUUUCGUUGUGUAUAUGCACCACAGUAUUAUCAUUAAUAUAUUGCAACCUUUCAAUGUUAAUACUUCUCAUAGUGAUGCUUAUAUUCUUAGUAUCAAAGCUUCCGAUGUACAUAUCUUUUAUGUUGCUUAUACAGGUAGCAUUGUUAUUGAUAUUAUCAUUCUUCAGUGUACAUAAUUUUUAAAAUGUUGUUUAUACUAAUAUUAAAUACUAUGGCGUAUGUCCAGGUAAUUUCCAUGGAAAUUAGGCUUACGUGACUGUUAAUGUUAAUGUACAGUAUAUUAUGUAAUAUAAUUUAUAUUUCAAUGGCAUUUAUAUAAGAAAAAAUGUCAUAUAAAUAUUACAUUUUUCUUGUUUGGGAAAAGGGGUAUAAUUAGUACUCUUAAAAAUUUCAUACAUGCUGUAGUAUUAAUUCAAUCAGUGGAAGCCUUUGUCUGUUAAAUCCACACUUGCGAAGCCAUGUCGUAUAAGUAACUUCAGAUAAUAUUUCACAGUUGUUUCAAGCUAUAGUAAUCUGUUCGAGCUUGAUUACAUUGAGUUAUUAGGGGGUGCCCACCAUGAGGGGGUGGACAUGUGUCUGAAAUAACCAAUUAGUUUUCAAGUUAUGUGAUGGACAGUUUAAUUGAUUAAGUUUAGUAUGAAAAAAUGUAAACUUAAAUCUAGGAGGAGACGGGAUAAAAGAGAGAGAGAGAGAGAGAGGAGAGGAGAUAGAGAGAGGCUUGUACCAUGUAUCUG